CGUUUUGACUUUCUACUCUUCCAUUCUCACUUUCUCUUUCCAAUUCUCGAUUUCUAUAUAUACGUAACUACAACGACGUCGCCGCCUUUUUUAAUUCAUAAGGAGUAUUCUUCAUUCCCUAUCCUCUACCCCAUUUUUUCUCUCUGUUUUUCAGAAAAUUCGGGAAAAAAAUGGGGAUUCGUUCAAGAUUUUUCUUCAUUCUUUUCUGUCUCCAGGUGUUACUUGCAAGUGUUGCAACAUCUAAAGCCGAGGCAAAUAUAUCGAAUACGCGUUUUCUUUUGACAUCUAACGACACAAAUGGGGUGAGGCAUGCACCAGGAGUUUGUGCUAUGUAUGACAUAUGUGGUGCACGAAGUGACGCGAAAGUUUUGAAUUGCCCUUUGAAUGCACCUGCUGUGAAGCCAGAUGGCUUAUUAUCAUCAAAGAUUCAAAGUUUGUGCCCCACAAUUACUGGGGAUGUUUGUUGUACAGAAGCGCAAUUUGAUACACUGCGGAGUCAAGCCCAGCAAGUAGUCCCCCUGCUUGUGGGCUGUCCAGCGUGCUUAAGGAACUUUUUGAAUUUCUUUUGUGAAAUGUCUUGUUCUCCUAAUCAGAGUUUAUUCAUCAAUGUAACUUCUACCAAAAAGGUUAAUAACAGCUUGACUGUGGAUGCAAUUGAAUUUUAUGUAACUGAUGCUUUUGGUGAAGGGUUGUACAACUCUUGCAAGGAUGUGAAAUUCGGUACUAUGAAUACUCGAGCUAUAGAAUUUGUUGCUGGCGGUGCUAAAGAUUUUAAAGGGUGGUUUGCUUUUGUUGGUAGACAAGUGGGUCUUAAUGUUCCUGGUUCACCAUAUGCUAUAAAUUUCACCUCUAAUGUACCCGAAUCUUCAGGAAUGAUUCCCAUGAAUAUAUCUGCUUAUGCAUGUGGUGACACUUCGCUGGGUUGUUCUUGUGGGGACUGUCCUUCGUCUCCUACAUGCUCUAGUUCAGCAGCUCCUUCCAUCAGCAAGAGCAGUACCUGUUCAAUUAAAAUGGGUUCUGUGAAGGCAAAUUGCAGUGAUGUUGUGGUAGCAGUGGUAUUUAUUGUAUCGCUUUCUGUAUUUCUUGGAUGGGGUAUUGUUCAUCAGAAGAAACGAAUGAGCCCUGUUUCAAGAACAAAACCGUUGGCUAGUGCCCCUAGCAGUGAUGGUAGGCAUUCAACUGACCAGAAAGAUGGUGAUCUUCCUCUGCCGAUUCUUCGUAAUGGAGCACGACAUUCUGGUGAAGCAAGACUUUCAUUGGUUCAAGUAUACAUGUCAAACUUUUACAGGAUAUAUGGAGCAUGGGUAGCCAGGAAACCUGCUCUUGUUCUUUUUUCAUCCUUGGCAAUUGUACUUGUUCUUUGUUUAGGUUUAGUCCGUUUAAGAGUUGAGACACGGCCUGAAAAGCUUUGGGUUGGGCCUGGGAGCAGAGCUGCAAAAGAAAAACAGUUCUUUGACACCCAUCUAGCUCCUUUCUACAGAAUUGAACAGCUUAUAAUUGCAACAAUUCCUGAUGAAGGGAAAGAGAAAGCACCUAGUAUCUUGACAGAGGAUAACAUUAAAUUACUUUUUGAAAUUCAAAAGAAAGUUGAUGGAAUUCAAGCCAAAUUUUCUGACUCAGUAGUGUCUCUAACUAACAUUUGUUACAAACCACUUGGAUCAGAUUGUGCCACUCAGAGCAUUUUACAGUACUUCAAAAUGAAUGCGGACAAUUUCGAUAGCUUUGGUGGAGUGGAUCAUAUUCAGUACUGUUUUGAGCAUUAUUCUACUGCAGACAAUUGUAGGAGUGCAUUCAAAGCUCCCCUAGAUCCUAGCAUCGCACUUGGUGGUUACUCUGGAAACAAUUACUCCGAGGCUUCUGCAUUUACAGUCACCUAUCCGGUGAACAAUGCAAUUGAUAGAGAAAGCAAUGAAUCAAAAAGCGCUGUUGCUUGGGAGAGGGCCUUCAUUCAACUAGCAAAGGAUGAGAUAAUGACAAUGGUUCAAGCAAAAAACCUAACACUUGCCUUUUCAUCGGAAAGUUCAAUUGAAGAAGAACUGAAGAGAGAGAGCACUGCAGAUGUCAUAACUAUAGUGAUAAGUUAUCUUGUGAUGUUUGCCUAUAUAUCACUUACUCUGGGAGACAAACCUCGAUUAUCUUCUUUUUAUAUUUCAUCUAAGGUGUCCCUUGGACUUUCUGGUGUAAUGCUGGUCUUGCUCUCUGUACUUGGAUCAGUUGGAUUUUUCAGCGCUGUUGGAGUAAAAUCUACACUUAUUAUAAUGGAAGUCAUUCCUUUCCUUGUCUUGGCUGUUGGGGUGGACAACAUGUGCAUUUUAGUCAAUGCUGUUAAGAGACAACCACAGGAGUUGCUCUUGGAAGAACGCAUAAGUAUUGCACUAGUAGAAGUUGGACCAUCUAUUUCAAUGGCUAGUCUGUCUGAGGUAUUAGCAUUUGCAGUUGGAACUUUCAUCCCAAUGCCAGCUGUACGGGUGUUUUCCAUGUUUGCAGCUCUUGCUGUUCUUCUGGACUUCCUUCUACAAGUUACCGCUUUUGUUGCACUGAUAGUAUUUGACUUCAAGAGGACUGAAGAUCAAAGAGUUGAUUGUUUUCCUUGCAGGAAGGUGUCCUCCCUUGAGGACUCAAACAAUGGGACCGGUCUUAGAAAACCUGGAUUUCUUGCUCGUUAUAUGAAGGAUGUCCAUGCGCCAAUUCUAAGUCUCUGGGGAGUGAAAAUACUUGUUGUUUCUGUAUUUGUUGCUAUGGCAUUGUCCAGCAUUACAUUAUGCACCAGGAUUGAACCUGGUCUAGAGCAACAAGUUGUUCUUCCUAGAGACUCUUAUCUUCAGGGAUAUUUUAAAAAUAUUUCAGACGUCCUGAGAAUUGGACCACCAGUAUAUUUUGUGGUGAAGAACUACAAUUAUAGCUCUGAGUCACGACAAACAAAUCAAUUGUGCUCUAUCAGCCAUUGCGAUGCAAAUUCUCUUGUAAAUCAGAUUACCAGAGUAUCAUUAACCCCAGAAUCAAGCUACAUAGCCAAACCAGCAGCGUCAUGGAUUGAUGAUUUUCUAGUGUGGAUGUCUCCUGAAGCUUUUGGUUGCUGCAGAAAAUUUAUAAACGGAAGUUACUGCCCACCUGAUGACCAGCCUCCUUGCUGUGCUUCUGACCAAGCCACAUGCGGAGUUAGUGAAGUGUGCAAAGACUGCACCACGUGCUUUCUUCAUUCAGAUUUGACUGAAGAUCGUCCUACUACUGCACAAUUUAAAAAUAAGCUACCAUGGUUCCUUAAAGCUUUACCUUCUGCUAGUUGUGCCAAAGGAGGACAUGGUGCCUAUACAAACAGUGUGGACUUGCAAGGUUUUGAAAAUGGUAUAAUUCCAGCUUCAGAGUUUCGAACUUACCACACCCCUCUCAACAAACAAGUUGACUUUGUCAAUGCACUCAGGGAAGCACGCGAAUUCACCUCUAGGAUUUCGAAGUCGUUGCAGAUGGAAGUGUUUCCGUAUUCAGUGUUUUACAUAUUCUUUGAGCAAUACCUGGAUAUUUGGAGUACAGCAUUGAUAAACCUUGCUAUUGCUAUCGGGGCUGUCUUCUUUGUGUGCCUGAUUAUUACCUGCAGCCUAUGGAGCUCGUUGAUUAUCCUACUUGUUAUAACAAUGAUAGUGGUAGAUCUAAUGGGGGUUAUGGCCAUUUUGAAAAUUCAGCUGAAUGCAGUUUCUGUUGUUAACCUCGUCAUGUCAGUUGGAAUUGCGGUUGAGUUCUGUGUACACAUAACUCACGCUUUCAUGGUAAGCGGUGGCACUAGGGAUCAACGUAUGAAGGAGGCUUUGGGUACAAUGGGGGCUUCAGUAUUCAGUGGAAUUACACUGACAAAGUUGGUUGGUGUUAUUGUUCUGGCUUUCGCCAAAUCACAAGUCUUUGUGGUCUAUUACUUCCAGAUGUACCUUGCUCUAGUCAUCCUCGGAUUCCUUCAUGGUCUAAUAUUUUUACCUGUAUUCUUAAGCAUGUUUGGACCUCCUUCGAAGAUCGACUUGGAGAAUGAAGAUGCUCGACCAUCUACAUCUUCACAGUUCUAAGCUGAGCUCUAAACCCAUUCUUUUUUUACCCCUCUAAAUUAAUUGGUAGGACGAAAGAAAGAAAAUCAGUUUUGAUACCAUAUUUACCCAUACAAAACAAUGAUUUCCUUAACCCUUAAAUUAAGUAGCUUCUUGUAAAGUGUACCAUCCUUUGAUGAAUAGAGGAGUGAGAACAUUGAGAAUAUGAUUUGUUCAUCAAUGUAAAUAGAUUAGUGACGCGUUAAACGUAUCGCCUCUCAUAGUCUCAUUCUUUAGUUUAUCAAUGUGUUUAUGGCCUAUUCUUUGUCUUUGACAUGAUGAGUUUAAUGUACAGAAUUUGAACCAGUAGUUCAUGUAUCUGAAAUUUGAUUUAAAGGAAUGAAUUUGACAAGUUUUCUUUCAA